CAUAGGCGCGUAAUACGGAGUUUAUGUACCUUUAAAAACUUCCGGUUAAUCCAACAACAUUAACAGAAAAUUGCUUCACGAUGCUAGGAUGCAACUAUAGUCAGAAUUGAGCUGUGCUUGAAUCUGGCUUCUUAUUCAUAACUAAUUGCAAACUUGAUUAUUUACAUGUCACGGAAAUAGUGAUGGUAAUCUUCAUGAUCUUUCUCUACUCUACCAGCUUCACAUAUGGACAAGGUUCUCGUUGUCGAAUCUUAGCUUGGGACUCUACCGGACUACAGGAAUAUGUACUCGUGGUUCACAGGUAUGCUUCUGUUUAGGUAAUGAAAGUCAACAAUGGAUGUUACUGCAACAGGGGAGAGUGAUUCAAGUGAAGACAGCAGCACUGAACUGUUCUUUUCACAGGUGAAAACUACAGACAUAAGGACAUGCCCAGAUUCAAAAUCUGCAACACGAAAGGUACAGACAUGCAAUAUCUGCCAGCGCUCAUUUUUUGACCUGAGCACACUGAAAUGUCACCUAAGAAUCCACUCUGGGGAGAAGCCCUUUAAGUGCAUAGAGUGCGGCAAAGAGUUCCGUCAAUCUGGUCAUCUUACAAUUCACAGGCGCACACACACAAAAGUGAAACCAUUUGAGUGCACAUUAUGUUUUAAAUCAUUUGGACAAUCAGGCCACCUUGCUUGUCAUAUGAAAACACACAGUGGGGAGAAGCCUUAUGCGUGUGAUGUGUGUGACAAGACCUUCUCCCAGUCAGCACACCUAGUGACACACAUGCGCUACCACACAGGAGAAAGACCAUUCAGUUGUAACAUGUGUGACCGUCGCUUCACAGACUCGGGGGACUUGCGGCGCCAUGAACGGACACACACAGGGGAGAAGCUAUACAGCUGUGAGAUCUGCAAGAAAUCUUUUGCAGGUGUCAGUUACCUCAAGUCUCACCGCCGCAUCCACACAGGUGAUAAGCCCUUUAAGUGUGACCUAUGUGACAAGCUGUUCCGCCAGUCAGUGCAUCUACGACGCCAUGUUCAGAGAGUCCACAUUAAUGAAAGAUCCAUUAUCUGUGGUGUAUGUAGUCGCACUUUCUUUGAGUUGACAGAUCUGACAAGACACAUGAGGGUUCACACAGGCGAGAAGCCAUUUCCCUGCCAUGUAUGUGACAAGACGUUUGCAGGGAUCAAUAUCCUACAGAGCCACCUGCGAACUCACACAGGACAGCGGCCUUUCAAGUGUGACAUCUGUGGGAAUGAAUUUAAACAAUCCGGUCACCUGAAACGUCAUGUAAUGAGAGUACACACUCACAUCAAGGAGCACCCAUGUCCAAAGUGUGGUGUUUUGUUUUAUGAGCCGAGGGAUGUCAAGAGACAUCGGAAGUCUCACCCUAGCUGUGAUGCACUGGUAACGGUUCCUCUGGUGCUGCCCUCCAGGUCGAGUGUGGCAGCUAGUGACGUGUCACUGUGUGAGGAGAUGACCAACGACAGUUUGACAUUACAACAUGGGGAGUGUGCUGGCAGUAAGCAGGAGUUAUCUGAUGGACAAAACGAGGAACCUGAAGUCUCUGAGCAUUAUGAGCCAAGUGACAGUGACCAGCUUCUAGCCUUUGAGAGUUGAAACUGGCAUUGCAUGCUAUAGUGAGGAGUAUGAAAGCCUAUCAAAUAGUUGUGAUGCUAACUACUCACUGAGAUCAACAUUGUCAAAGGUUCAUGUAGGCUUAUUUCAUGCUACUCUGUCAUCUAACACUCAAUGUCAACUGGUUCAUGUAGGCUUAUUUCAUGCUACUCUGUCAUCUAACACUCACUGUCAACUGGUUCAUGUAGGCUUAUCAUGCUUAUUUCAUGCUACUCUGUCAUCUAACACUCACUGUCAACUGGUUCAUGUAGGCUUAUUUCAUGCUACUCUGUCAUCUUACACUCACUGUCAACUGGUUCAUGUAGGCUUAUUUCAUGCUACUCUGUCAUCUAACACUCACUGUCAACUGGUUCAUGUAGGCUUAUUUCAUGCUACUCUGUCAUCUAACACUCACUGUCAACUGGUUCAUGUAGGCUUAUUUCAUGCUACUCUGUCAUCUAACACUCACUGUCAACUGGUUCAUGUAGGCUUAUUUCAUGCUACUCUGUCAUCUAACACUCACUGUCAACUGGUUCAUGUAGGCUUAUUUCAUGCUACUCUGUCAACUAACACUCACUGUCAACUGGUUCAUUUCAGUUCCAACAUCUUGAUGCCUCAAGUCAUAAGAAGCAGUAACUUUGCAUUAAUAUUGAUAAUAAUGGCAAUGAGGUAUUUAAUUACUUGAUGUUCUGUUACUUUGAUUGUCACUGACCAUCGCCAUGUUGUUUUGUUGACAUAGCCCAUAUACUUUUUUUUUUUUUUUUUUUAUAAAUUUUUAUUCAGUCAUAUAUACAGGAUACAUAUGCGCUCGGAAAGCAAUACAGCUUUAUGAAUACAGGUACUUCUCAAAAGGAUAUGGUACAGAGGUGGCCUAAGGCAUAAUCCACAUCAUGGUACAGAUGAAGACAUAAUCCACAUCAUGGUACAGAUGAAGGCAUAUUUAUGUAUACAGUUAAGAAGAUGCGGUAAAGCCCAUUUACUUUGUCUAUGUUAUCUUGUGAUUCUGCAUUUUGGGCAUCCUUGAAAGUUGAAAUGACUGAGGUUAUCAUGGUUAUGAAAGGGAAAUAUUGUGCAAUAAUUAAGAUAAUAAUUAAAAUAUGUAAAUCGCUUAGUAAUCUGACAAUUGUUAGUCCCCUGACAAUACUCAAGCCUGAUAUAUAACAAAAGUCUCACUUACACACACACACAUUCACUUUUUUCAAGUAAAUCAAAUGAAUCCGAAUAGAUUCUGCCUGCUGAAUUUGCCUCUCAGAGGCAAGCAACCAAUCUGUGAAGAGGAAUUAUUUUUUGGAGAUCACCGACACCUUUGUGUUGUUUCUAUAGUAGGCAUACACUUCGGGAUUAAAUUGCCUCAUUAAAAUUAGAUUAACAGCCAAACCAAAAAGCAUCUUAAUCCAACCCUUUUGAUAUUGGCUGUGUGUGAUGACUUUCUAAACAACUUUUGUCAGACAUUGCUACAGUCCAGGAAGUUGAGCAUGAAAGUGAGCAGUAGUAUUGUUGGUUAGUGAAAUUCACCAUCUGGUUUUAGAAACCAGAUUUCGUGAUAAACAGCGCAUUUUUAAAAUAUUGUAAUUUAUUAAAUUCAAAAUCAUCCGGACAAGUGAGGUUCCACUGUUCACACCAGUAUAUUUUUUAUUGCCGGUGUCCCCCCAGAUUAGAGUAACAAAUAUUUACAGUCCACAGUGGUAUGGCUGGAAUAUUACUCACUGCCACGGUUCAGAGACUCACCAUGCUGCUCACAUGUUUAUACUUUUCCCCAUUUUGUAAUCCUGAUUUACAGUUACUUGACUGUUCAUGCCAUUAAGUUGUCCAAGAAUUCUUGUGAGCUUGUGUUCCUCAUGGUCAUUCCUUGGCUGGAUAUUGAAGAAACCAGACGAUCAAAAUACCAACCAGAAAUCAGAUCCACAUCAUUUUAUCUGAAAGCUAAUGUAUACACUGGUAACAUGUUCUAGUCAGCGUGAAGAUGUGUCAAGUCCUAUGUGGCCUUGUAUUUACUGUAUGCAUGAACGUUGAAUGUGUGUGUCUGCUUCUGUGUUAUGCAUGAUUAUGCAAAUGAUUAACCCUAGAAUAUAUUUGAGAUACUGUUAGCAUGGUUAGGAAUACUGUAACUAAAACAGGUGAAUUAAAUCAGGCAAUGAGGGUUUCACGUUAUGUGGUACUGUGAUAUAUUUGUUACAAAUCAUUUUUAUUGUAUAAUGAUCAUAGAUCAUUCUCAUCUUAAUGAGGAGACAGUGUUUGCUCGCCACCAAUGUACUCAAUGUCAUGAGAAGACAGUGUUUGGUUGCCACAAUGUACAUUAUGUCAUGAGAAUACAGUGUUUGGUGGCCACCAAUGUCCAUUAUGUCAUGAGAAGACCGUGUUUUGUCGCCACCAAUGUCCAUUAUGUCAUGAGAAGACAGUGUUUGGUUGCCACCAAUGUCCAUUAUGUCAUGAGAAGACAGUGUUUGGUUGCCACCAAUGUCCAUUAUGUCAUGAGAAGACAGUGUUUUGUCGCCACCAAUGUCCAUUAUGUCAUGAGAAGACAGUGUUUGGUUGCCACCAAUGUCCAUUAUGUCAUGAGAAGACAGUGUUUGGUUGCCACCAAUGUCCAUUAUGUCAUGAGAAGACAGUGUUUUGUCGCCACCAAUGUCCAUUAUGUCAUGAGAAGUCAGUGUUUGGUUGCCACCAAUGUACAUUAUGUCAUGAGAAGACAGUGUUUGGUCGCCAUCAAUGUACUCAAUGUCAUGAGAAGACAGUGUUUUGUCGCCACCAAUGUCCAUUAUGUCAUGAGAAGACAGUGUUUGGUUGCCACCAAUGUACAUUAUGUCAUGAGAAGACAGUGUUUGGUCGCCACCAAUGUACUCAAUGUCAUGAGAAGACAGUAUUUGGUGGCCACCAAUGUCCAUUAUGUCAUGAGAAGACAGUGUUUUGUCGCCACCAAUGUACUCAAUGUCAUGAGAAGACAGUAUUUGGUGGCCACCAAUGUACUCAAUGUCAUGAGAAGACAGUAUUUGGUCGCCACCAAUGUCCAUUAUGUCAUGAGAAGUCAGUGUUUUGUCGCCACCAAUGUACUCAAUGUCAUGAGAAGACAGUAUUUGGUCGCCACCAAUGUCCAUUAUGUCAUGAGAAGACAGUGUUUUGUCGCCACCAAUGUACUCAAUGUCAUGAGAAGACAGUAUUUGGUGGCCACCAAUGUCCAUUAUGUCAUGAGAAGACAGUAUUUGGUCGCCACCAAUGUCCAUUAUGUCAUGGGAAGGAAGUGUUUGGUCGCCACCAAUGUGUCUCCCCUGCACACAGCUCUGCUUUUGUGGUGGGCAGUGUACACAAAGGGUUAUUGAGUGAAGGACUUCUUGCAAGAAGAGAACACUUGUUUUUUUAGAAUUAGGUGGAAUCCAACAACUUUUAAGUUUAUAGGCUGCUUGUAUGGUAGCAUCACGUCAGAAAAAAACAGUUUUGUUUGAUUCUUGAUUCUUGAUUCUCGUUUUUUUACAUGUAUUAGGGUUGUCAUGCCCACAAAAUAUUUUCAAAAUCUUAUAGUUGCAACAACUUUAUUCACAUGUGCUGAUGACAGAAAAAAAUAAAUCAAUAAAAGCUAUGUUUUAAAUUAUGGUUCAAAUUAAUACAUUUGAUGUUCAAUCUCAAUUCUGAGUGAGAAUCAAAUUACAGUUAUGGAGAGAUAUCGAAAUUCGUAAAAUGGAUGGCUGCCAUCUUUGAUCGUGUUUUAAACUAUUUCAUUGCAUACCUUGGCCCCGAAAACCUAUUAUUUGCCACCAAGAUCAUGUUUCUAUGUCAAAUA